UUUCCUUGAUUUCUUCAGUUUUCGAAACCAAUUUCACAGAAGAAUUUCACAAUUUGAAACAUACAAAACUAUGGUGUUCACAAGAUCAAGCUCUAGAAAUCACACGAAAUCCGACGUGGCAGGCGCUGGACCGACAUGGGAUGAAUUCCUAAAAGUUGAUGGAAUGUCACAGAAACUCCAAGAGUGUGAAAACCAGUUCGAAAAAGCAUCAAAUAAAGUUUUUGCGGAACUUUUUGCAAAACUGAACGAUGUCGCUAAGAAAGUGGCCACAGAAGAUUUUCCAGCUGAACAACUUCAAAAGUUGAUUGAUAGAAACUAUCCGAAACCGCCAGGCUUCAAGGAUGUCAAAGUUGAAGAGAUUGAGGCUGAAGAGCACGAUGAGCUCAUAGAGACUGCUAUGUACCUGUCGGAUGCUUCAGAAGGUGGCGAGAUAACCAUGAACACUGAACCCCCAGGCUUCGAGGAAGUCAAGGCCGAGGAGUUAAAGGCUGAGGAACAUGAUGAUCAUAUGGAUACUGCUAUGCUUCUGGAUCCCGACUCUACACAAGACGGCGAGGAAGUGACAAUGAAGCCUGUAAGCCAAGAUAUCAGUGAGCUAAGCGGCGAGGAAGAUCCCGAUGAAACCCUGAUCCAGAACACCACACUUCACAUGGAUAACCUUUCGAUGAAAGAGGAACUGAAUGCGGAUACAACAAUUGUGACGAGCACUCCGAUUAGAGCCUGCUCCACAAAGAUUAUGGUGCCUGUUGUCAGACCUGAGAUCAGUCCAGUGGAGAAGCCCAUCUCAUCAUCCACACACUGCAGAAACCUUCUGAAUUUGAAUCCCAAGAUGCCUGUGUUCACUUCAAUGUUUGGAAAGAUGAAGCAGGAGCCUGGAGUGGAGAGCAGCCACGUCAGUAAUCUUCGUCAGAAAAUUCUGAACCAUAGGAAACGUGGAAAGGAGGUGCAGAAGGUUCCCAGCUCACCACCACCAAAGCUUCCGAAAACCGUAGUGCAACCUUCGAAAGAAGAGAAGCCAACUGCUGUGAUUGAAUCCAAGUUAAGUGAUAUCAAAGUAUCGUCGCAAAAAUCCAUAGCUUUUUCUUCAGAAAACAGCGGCUCCACCAGUGAAACUUCUCACAAGUUCCCCACCACCAAAGAUCCCAAAAACCGUAGCUCAACCUCCGAAAGAAAAGAAACCAGUCAUGGAAUCUGUGAAAACCGCGGCUCCACCAGCGAAGGAGAUCAAGCCGAUUGUUGCCAAAAUAACGGAGAAAGCGGCAGAACCUGCAGUUCCAAAGGAAGUGAAACCGGCAAAAGCAGCAACAGCCAAACCGGCAAAGCCCGUCAUGUCGUACAAAAUGACUCCAACACGCGUCCACAAGCCGAAAUCGGCAACUGAUUACGGUGUGGAAUCCGAAAGUGAUUCGGACUUUGAGAGGGAUAAGAGCAAGCAAAAGAACUUUCCGAAAUGGGCAUCUGAUAUGAAUAUCGUCAAUGAGGAGUACGCCAAAAAUCUGGAAUUCAAUGUGAAUACAUUCUUUGGGUCGAUGGAAAAGGCAAAUCUCACUGAGAUCUUUGGAGAAAUGGUCCGUAAAAAGAAGCGAGGAUCGUCAAAAGUUUGGAAUUGAACUAGAUUUUUAUGGGUUUCCUACUCGUUCGAAUAAAUUAUUUCAAA